AAACUUAGAUAAAACUUCACACAAUAGAUCGUGAAAUGAUAAAAACGGUGCUCUAAUUGAAUUAAUUUUUUGACACAUACCGGUGCGGGGGGGGGGGGGGGCAUGGUCGAAUUUUCGACGAAAAUGAAAAUUGUCAAAAUGUUUUGAAAAAUAUAUAGGCCGACUCAGUUUUUUGUUUUGUGAUUCCAGAUAUUUCAUUUUUAUGAUUAACAAUCGAAUCAUUCUAAUCAAAAUGGAUCAGAUUUAGUUUUUUUUUCCGUGUCUCGUCCUUUUCUGUAAGCUAGAUUAUAAGACACUGCGAUACCAAUAAGUUGUUUUACUCGAAAGAAAAGUAUCUAAGAUCUGCUGGUCAUAUCUGAAAUUUUUGAAUACUUAAAGAUUCUUAGGUUAAUAAUUCCAACUUUUGGAUCCAUGAAUUUCUAGUACUAUUUCCGAUUGAAGAACGCCAUAAAAUAGUAAGGAUUUGAAAGGAGGAAGUCGGUAAUCAGAUUGUACAACUGGUUUUGCCUAGUUCAAGUUGUCCGAUCGUACUUCAUUCACAUCUUAACUUGUUUAUUUAGAUCGUCGAAGAAUGGCGUUUUAUAGCUUUAAUACUCGAUCGUUUUUUUCUCAUCCUUUUUGUCUCUGUUAGUCUUAUUGGUACACUUGGUUCAUUACUUAAAGCUCCAUCUUUAUAUAAUUCUACUCCACCAGUUAAUCCAAUUUGUUAUUUAUAUUAUCCACCUAUAAAUGAUACUCAAUGGUUAAAAAAAUGUGGUACAGAUUAUUCAUUAAUAAAUCAAAUAAGUACUUCUAUUAGCAAUAUUUAA